GUUUCGCACCGUCGCCCAGGCUGGAGUGCAGUGGUGUGAUCACGGCUCACUGCAACCUCCACCUCCCGGAUUCAAGCAAUUUUCCAGCCUCAGCCCGGAAGGUAUUUGGGACUACAGGACCGUUUCACUGCCCUUAUCUGACUCCCGCUGGUUCUGCCGCAGCCUGGGCCGGAACAAAACUGCAACCCCCAGAAUACUUCACGACGGGGCGUUGUGUCGUCAACGUCGCGUGCGCCCUGCCGGGAGUCGUAGUUCGCGCUUGCGCUCUCGCCGGACUCCGCCUCCCAGACGUCCCUGCGCGUUGUCCUCCUCGCCCUCCAGGCCGCCCGCGCCGCCCCGGAGUCCGCUGUCCGCCAGCUACCCGCUUCCUGCCGCCCGCCGCUGCCAUGCUGCCCGCCGCGCUGCUCCGCCGCCCGGGACUUAGCCGCCUCGUCCGCCACGUCCGUGCCUAUGCCGAGGCCGCCGCCGCCCCGGCUGCCGCCUCUGGCCCCAACCAGAUGUCCUUCACCUUCGCCUCUCCCACGCAGGUGUUCUUCAACGGUGCCAACGUCCGGCAGGUGGAUGUGCCCACGCUGACCGGAGCCUUCGGCAUCCUGGCGGCCCACGUGCCCACGCUGCAGGUCUUGCGGCCGGGGCUGGUCGUGGUGCACGCAGAGGACGGCACCACCUCCAAAUACUUUGUGAGCAGCGGUUCCAUCGCAGUGAACGCCGACUCUUCAGUGCAGUUGUUGGCUGAAGAGGCCGUGACACUGGACAUGUUGGACCUGGGGGCAGCCAAGGCGAACUUGGAGAAGGCCCAGGCGGAGCUGUUGGGGGCAGCUGAUGAGGCCACACGAGCAGAGAUCCAGAUCCGAAUCGAGGCCAACGAGGCCCUGGUGAAGGCCCUGGAGUAGGCGAUCCCCCCAGCCUGCCGGGCCACAUACCAUCCCCUCUGCCCUGCGGAGCCAGCCGCCAAGGUUGACCUCAGCUUCGGAGCCACCUCUGGAUGAACUGGCCCCAGCACCCGCCCCAUUAAAGACCGGGAAGCCUGA